UGGACAGACUGGCAGAUGGAGCUGCGUGGCACAACCAAACACCUUCUUCCUCCCUUAACUGUCCUAAGGCAUUUUUCUUUGGGACACAGUCAACAUUUAUAAAUGUUUUAACAGUGAUACUUGACGGAGGAGUUCACUUCUUUAUUUCAGAUAUUUUAAUAUAUAUACGGACUACUUUCUAAUUAGUUGUAUCUUUCCUCAGACAUGGAGGACCCUGAUAUUCGACAACAAAAGCUGGACAACCAGCGCACUCUUCUGAUGAAAAAGCAACAGAAGAAGAGAAGUGAUACUCAAAUGGUGACCUCCAAUCGAGACGCUCGCCAAAAGAAUCGAAAACACAAAGCCAUCAGCUCUGAUGAGACGCCUCUGUUGAUCAGCCAAUCCCUGAGCAACACCUCUUUGACCGAUCAAGUCGAGCAUGCUCAUGACAACCCCCUGGAUGAAAUUACACUGGGUGAGGACGACGUGACGGAAAGCAUGCCAUUUCAUACAAUUCCGUCCGAGAAGCCAUGUUAUCCCAAAACAAUGAACUUGGAAGUUGACAAAGAGCCUGAGGGGAAAUGUGAUGAGGAGAAUAAGGCCCCGGUGGAGGAAAAAAAGAUAAAGAAAAAAGAUCUGAAAAAAGAGAAAGCCAAACAGUUGGAACCGACAGACGAUAAGGAGCAAGAGAAGACUGAAGACAAGGAAAAAAAGGAGAAAAAGACAAAAAAGAAAGACAAAGUGAAGGAAUCAGCAGACAAGACAACCAAACAAGAGCAUAAAAAGAAACAUAUACAAGAGGGUUCGACCCCUGAGAUAGAAGCAGUGGUGGAGGAGGCAAGUCCAAAGAAAAAAAAGGAUGAAAGUGACAACAAGGAGGAGAAAGGGCCUCAGGGGUCUGUUCCUCCAUCACCUGUGAAGAAAAAAGUACUAGACACAUCCAGGUGUCAAAUAAGUGAUGACAGCAAAGAGGAGGAGGUCCAAGAAAAACAGAAAAAGGAAAAAAAUAAUCCAGAGAAAACGACGCCAAGUCUAGCAUCACUCAACUCCAACUACAGGGAGACUUCAUCCUCAGGCAGUGAACAGAAUGAAAGAUCAUCCUCUCCAAUUUCCGUGGAAGAUCUGGAGAAGUUUGCUUUGCGUCCUGCUCCCAGAGAUGUGACAAUCCAGUGCAGAGUCACCAGGGACCGGAGAGGCAUGGAGAAGGGCCUUUACCCAACUUACUAUCUCCACAUGGAGAAGGAGGAUGGGAAGAGGGUGUUUCUGAUGGCGGGCAGGAAAAGGAAGAAGUGUAAAACGUCCAAUUAUCUCAUCUCUAUUGACCCAACAAACUUAUCCAGAGAUACAACCUCCUACAUCGGAAAACUGAGGUCCAAUGUUCUGGGAACCAAGUUCACGGUUUAUGAUGGUGGUGAAAACCCAGACAAGAAACCUUUCAUCAAAGAAUGUGAAUCAGUGAGACAAGAACUGGCAGCCAUAUGCUAUGAGACAAACGUGCUCGGUUUCAAGGGUCCAAGGAAAAUGACAGUGGUCAUCCCUGGCAUGCUAGAAAAUGAUGAAAGAGUUUCUAUUCGUCCAAAAAAUGACCCUGAAACUCUGCUGGUCCGCCAUUCAAACAGUGACACAGACAAACUAGUUACUCUGGUGAAUAAAUCUCCAAGCUGGAAUGAACAGACUCAGUCGUAUGUGUUGAACUUCCAUGGACGUGUAACCCAGGCAUCUGUGAAAAACUUCCAGAUCAUCCACCCUGACAACGAUGAUUACAUUGUGAUGCAGUUUGGCCGUGUUGCUGAAGACGUCUUCUCCAUGGAUUACAGUUUCCCCAUGUGUGCCCUGCAAGCCUUUGCCAUCAGUCUCUCAUCCUUUGAUGGCAAACUGGCCUGUGAGUGAGCCGUGCUGGUGUGCCACAAGUGCUUCACUGAUCUCGAUAUUUACAGUAUUUACUGUUUAAAUGAAAACUAUACCCAUAAUUUCAG